AACAUCGGCUUUCCCAUUUGGCAUUGGGCGUUUUGUUCAUUCAGAAUCCGGGGUCAAACACGCCUGCUGCCAUGUCUUCCUUGCACUCACUGCUGCCCACUGCGGCACGGGGAUUGGUCUCUUCCUGUCGAUCUGCCCUGCGACCUGGCCCCUUGGCUUCGGUCGUUUCCACUUUUCAGCAGACGCGAUGGGCUAGCAAGGCAAGCGUGAAAAGAGUCAAGAGCCAGGGCUACAAGAGCAACAAGGACAAGGCCAAGGUCAAGGGCAAGAAGGCCACGAACAAAGAAUUCAAGCAGCAUAACCUGAAGGAUAUGGAGCAAUUUGCGCUGUGCGAUGCGAUGAGAUAUAUCCGCGCCUUCGAAGUCGGCCGCCAGCCCACUGUCUCCAAGUAUGAACUGCACAUCCGCCUGAAGUCCAAGCGAGACGGUCCCGUCAUCCGCAACAUGCUCCGAUUGCCCCAUUCGAUCUCGACGGAAUCUCGAAUCGCCGUCAUCUGUCCCCCCGGUUCGAGACAGGAGAAGGAAGCUCGCGAUGCGGGUGCUGUUCUGGUCGGAGAACAGGAGGUUUUCGAUGCGGUGAAGGGUGGCAACAUUCCCUUCGAUCGCUGUAUCGCCCAUCCGGACAGUAUGGAGGCCUUGAGCAAAGCCGGCCUGGGCAGGUUCCUGGGUCCCCGCGGUCUGAUGCCCAGCGCAAAGAUGGGUACGGUGGUUGAAGAUGUGGCCUCCCGGGUCGAGAUGCUACGUGGUGGUACGACCUACAGAGAGCGUGCUGCCGUCAUUCGUCUUCCCAUCGGCCAGUUGGGUUUCUCCCCGGAGCAAUUGCGCGACAACAUGCGUAUCGCUCUGGAGCAGAUCAAGAAGGAUGCCGCCGCCAUGAACGAUCGCAUAGUUAAGGAGAUCUACGAGGUGGUGUUGAGCUCCACGAAUGGCCCCGGCUUCAGCUUAAACGGCGAAUUCAAGUCCGACCAAACCCCAGACACCACCAGCAUGCAUGGCCCAUAAAUAUAGUUUCUUGAAUAUCCCGAGUGUACAGAAUAUGUUUCAUUAGGCAGGACACGGUGUAUAAUGGUAUUGUUUGACAUAUAUCUCCAAAGCAUAAGACUUUUCCCCAACGCC